AUGGCUUGGGGCUGGGAAGAAUCCGAGCAGGCACACCGAGAGGUCUACAGCGGUGAGGAGCACCACGAGGGCAAAUUCUCCCACGAGUUUGCUGCAGGCGCUGCAUCCUUCGCUGCCAUGAAGGCCUAUGAGGAUCAUGAGCGCAACGAGGGCAAGCCCGCCAAUCACUCCUUCGCCAAGGAGCUCAUCGCCGGCUUCGUGGGCGGCGAAAUCGACAAAUUGGCUGAGACUAAGGGUAUGGACUGGAUGGAUCGUGAGAAAGCCAAGGACCAUGCCACGAGAAACGCCGAGAACAUGUAUGAAGAACGAUACGAGCGUGGCAACUACUAG